GUUCAUGGCUGUAUCCAAACGGGAAAACUCAGUCGAUCCAUGUGAUUGUGGUUAAUUUAACUCCCUGUCAGCCGGAAAAUUCAGCAUCCCCUCAAGGCGAAAUACAUAGAUUCGAUCAAACGACUUACUGGAACUCUGUAUAGCUGGGAUAGGCUCCAGCAUGCCCGCGCGACCCUAAAGAGGAGAAGCGGUAUAAAAAAAUGGAUGGAUGGUAUUUCAAGUUUGCGGCUUGUUUCAAGUCGUCAUAGACCAUUAUUGUGAAGGGUUGACCGGAAGCAACCACGUGACAUCUGCUGCAUUUUAAUGAGACGCUGCCUCUAUUGGUUUCCACUUUCACGUUGCACCCACAGUUCGAGUUAAAAUGAGCUCCAUUGGGACCGGGUACGACCUAUCGGCAUCCACCUUCUCUCCUGACGGUCGAGUGUUUCAAGUGGAAUACGCCAUCAAGGCUGUGGAAAACAGUAGCACAGCCAUCGGGAUCCGCUGUAAAGAUGGUGUGGUGUUUGGUGUGGAGAAGCUUGUGUUGUCCAAACUGUAUGAGGAGGGCUCCAACAAACGGAUCUUCAACAUUGACAGACAUGUCGGCAUGGCAGUGGCGGGUCUCCUGGCGGACGCUCGCUCAUUAGCUGAAGUCGCCCGAGAGGAAGCGUCUAACUUCAGGUCCAACUAUGGACACGACAUUCCUCUCAAGCACCUGUCGGAGCGCGUGGCCAUGUACGUGCACGCCUACACCUUGUACAGUGCUGUGCGACCGUUUGGCUGCAGCUUCAUCCUGGGAUCUUACGACAAAGACGACGGCCCGCAGCUCUACAUGGUGGACCCCUCCGGCGUCUCUUACGGCUACUGGGGAUGUGCUAUUGGAAAAGCCAAACAAGCCGCCAAGACAGAAAUUGAAAAAUUGCAGAUGAGGGAGAUGACAUGCAGAGAGCUGGUCAAAGAGGUCGCCAAAAUAAUAUACAUCGUCCAUGAUGAGGUGAAGGACAAAGCUUUUGAGUUGGAGCUCAGCUGGGUGGGAGAAAUCACAAAUGGACGCCAUGUGCUCGUGCCCAAAGACAUCCGAGAGGAAGCAGAGAAAUAUGCCAAGGAUGCGCUGGAAGAGGAGGAUGACUCAGAUGAGGACAACAUGUGAAGACACUUAAUCUUCCCCCCCCC